AUGACCGAAGUUCCGAUUCACGUAGAGCUCAACAGCCGUUACAACGCCUUCGAUACAUCAGGAAAGCUACCAUUCAGUGUGGUCUUCGGUCUCUGUCGAUUACAAAAGUCCGAUACAGACUCUCGACCAAUACUCGUUGAAACGGCUGGUUCAGUCUUCGAUGUGCCUUACGCCCUGACGCAUGGAUUACUUUUACUGUACGAAGAACGCCCUGGGGAAUCUACGAAGUGGGUUGAAGUGGAUACAAGCUCGAUGGGCGAGGUGGAUGAGAGCAACUCAGGUUGCAUCUCAGUUCCGUCUCCGAUCCACCGGAAAAAGAACUGGAGAGAUGAUCUCACAGUAUACCUAUGUGCUAUCGAUCCUCAGGGGGUGUUAGCAUUAGCCCUGAAGCCGCGAAAAAGAUACAGGAUAAAACUCGCAAGCCGCGACCUUGGUGUCAAAAAAUGGGUGUAUAGUGACCGAGAAAGGUUUUCCGACAGCGACGGAGACGGUGAGGAGGCGAAACUGGUAAACAGCUACUCUCACGGCCAUGCAGCUUUUAAGGUUGUUGAUGACCUGACGUUUCCACCCCAACUAGAGAUAAGAAUGCGCCUACUCAAGAGUACGUCCUUGGAAGUCACUGUUGUCAAUGCUGGCUCUGAGACUGUAACCGUGCAACCACGGGGGCACCAGAACUUUCUCGUCCCAUGGGGUCCUUCGGCUCCAGAACCUGACACCCUCGACGAUCGCCCAAGGAUCAUCGACCAGUCAAAGCAACGACACUCGCCCGUGUCAAGUCUCUUCGUCGUCAAUGAUGCAACUGAUGAAAUAGUGCGCGGACAUCACGAUACUAGCAUCUGCCACUUGAGGGAUUCAAAAGCCGACCUGCGACCGACGAUUGAUGAGUUGUCAAUCUUGAAGCCUGAAACCCCAGUCGUUAACGUAGUCGAUAUUAGCUCAAAGAUUAAGGGCCUUGAGGACGGACGAUACAAGAUUCGAAUGCAUCCAAAGGGUUGCCGAUGGUGGCGCGACGUGCUGAGGAAAGAGGAGGGAGAAGGCGAGAAGGUCCCAGUGCGUCUAUGGAAGAUUUGGACUGUUCCAAUCAUGCUGGAUUCAGAGGACGAAUUAGAGAUAACCAUCAAAGAUGGGAAAGUAGAUGGAACGCGCCGAACAUUCUGCAGCGAUGAAUUCAUUACACGCCCUGCUGCCCCACUAUUCCGUCGUGGAUUCGCGCUCCCAGCUGAGCAACCACGACUGAGACUGGGAUCCAUUGCACCCAACUUUCAGGCGAAGACUACUCAUGGCGACAUGGACUUCCAUAAAUUCUUGGACAACAAGUGGACCAUCCUAUUCUCGCACCCUGCCGACUUCACUCCCGUUUGCACAACUGAGCUUGGAGCUUUCGCAAAGCUCAAGGAUGAAUUUGAUGCGCGAGGCGUCCAGAUGAUUGGUUUGAGCGCCAAUGACCUAAGCUCGCACGACCAGUGGAUCGACGACAUCAACGAGACGUCCAACACCACGGUACAAUUCCCAAUCAUCGCUGACGCAGAUCGCCACGUCGCUUUUCUCUACGAUAUGAUCUCGCAAGACGACCUCGACGCGCUUCAGAAGAACGGUGGCAUCGCCUUUACAAUCCGUUCGGUCUUCAUUAUCGAUCCGGCGAAGAAGAUUCGCCUCACAAUGUCGUACCCCGCGAGCACGGGCAGGAACACUGCAGAGGUCCUUAGGGUCAUCGACAGCUUGCAGACAGGAGAUAAGAAGGGUAUUGCGACACCUAUCGAUUGGCAGAAGGGCCAGGACGUCAUCGUACCGCCCAGUGUCUCCACUGAGGAUGCGAGGAAGAAGUUUGGCGAUGUCAGGGAGGUCAAGAAGUACUUGCGCUUCACUAACGUCGGACAAUGA